GCAAAAAAAUGUGGUCUCCGAGUUUAUUUUCCCAUGCUUUGCUGAAUUUCAUUCUUUAUUAUUUUAUGUUGAUUUUUUUCUCAAAGGCUGCUGAGGCUCGAAACAGCUCGGUUCCCGCAUUGUUCGUGUUUGGAGAUUCUACAGUUGAUUCGGGCAAUAAUAACUACAUUAGAACUAUCAGUAAAAGCAAUUUCCCGCCAUACGGAAAGGAUUUUCCGGGUAAAAUAGCCACCGGAAGGUUUUGCAACGGCCGGCUUGUCCCCGAUUUUCUAGUUUCGUACGCCGGUAUAAAAGACUACGUGCCACCGUACUUGGACCCUACACUUAGCCUCGACGAACUCAAAACCGGAGUUUGCUUUGCCUCUGCCGGAACUGGAUUUGAUUCCCUCACGGCUCAAAUAAGCGAUGGAGUAAUCACUAUACAAAAACAAUUGAAAUAUUUCAAAGAGUACAAAUCAAGAAUGGAAGUCUACAUUGGCAAGGAGAAAACAAGAAGCCUAAUAAAUAAGGCUGUGUUCCUAAUAAGCGCUGGCACUAAUGAUUUUAUUCUGAAUUAUUUCGGACCACCGAUUAGAAGCAAGACUUACACCAUCUACUCUUACCAGGAAUUUGUUUUACAGCUUUUCCAACAAUUCCUCCAGGGACUAAUAAACAUGGGCGCCCGGAAGAUUGCUGUUGUGGGGCUUCCACCCCUUGGAUGCGUGCCAGCUGUCAUCACCUUGAAAUCCAACCAUCCGUUUGAUCGUCGGGGGUGCAUCGACAGCCUGUCAGCCGUCGCACGGGAUUACAACCGCUUGCUCGUGAAUAGAUUGACGGCCGUCCAAUCUAACGGCGUCAUGAUUAAAUACAUCGAUGCGUACAAACCAUUAGUCGAUAUGGUUACAAAUCCCCAACAAUUUGGUUUUGAAAAGGUGGGUUACGGUUGCUGUGGGAGUGGAUUAAUAGAGCUUUCAAUUUUGUGCAAUGAACUCUCUCCGAGUGUGAUCUCAUUUCCCGAGCAAUUGGAACAUUUCAAAAGUUACCGGGCGAAGCUAGAGGCAGCUAUUGGGAAGAACAGGACAAUGGAGAUAGUAAAAAAUGCUCUGUUUCUAGUCAGUGCCGGGACUAAUGACUUUGUCGUAAAUUAUUUUACCGUGCCUAUUAGGCGUAACAAUUACACAAUCUCGGAAUACACGAGUUUCAUUCUACAAGAAGCUCGGCAAGUUUUUCAGGGAUUAGUGGACCAAGGUGCCACGCGAAUAGGAGUAGUAGGCCUGCCUCCAAUGGGCUGCUUGCCGAUUGAGCUUCAACCUUCCGGCUCUCGGAUUGCUUACGUGGACAUAUUUGGACCGUUAGAGGAAAUGACCUUAGGCAACACAUAUGAUUUUGAGGAGGUUAGUAAGGGAUGUUGCGGGACAGGGAUGCUUGAAGCUUCGUAUAUGUGCAAUUCAAAGAGUGUCGUGUGUGAAGAUGUGAACGAGUACGUGUUUUGGGAUGCGAUUCACCCGACUGAAAAAACAUAUUUUCUGCUGUUUCAAGAGUUUAGGCCUUUAAUCGACAGCCUAGUUAAGGAAUAA